AUUCACACCUCUUUUUGUGCAGCACCAGCUCUGGAGCUCAGCUCUGCUUUCCAGUCGCGCCCGUCGAAGCCCUUGGGAGGCCGUCGCAUCCUAGCUCAGGCACCAUGGUGGCCGCCAAGAAGACGAAGAAAGCUCAGGAGUCUAUCAACAACAGGCUGGCCCUGGUCAUGAAGUCCGGCAAGUACACGCUGGGGUACACUACCACGCUCAAGUCGCUGCGCGGUGGCAAGGGCAAGCUCGUGAUCAUUGCCAACAACUGCCCGCCCCUCCGCAAGUCCGAGAUCGAGUACUACGCUAUGCUCUCGAAGACUGGUGUCCACCACUACAGCGGCAACAAUGUGGAUUUGGGGACUGCCUGCGGGAAGUACUUCCGUGUCUGCACGUUGAGCAUUACCGACCCUGGUGACUCGGACAUCAUCCGUUCCAUGCCCACUGAACAGAGUUAGGGAAGAUGUAGUGGGUUGUGGAGGAAACCUGGACAUUAUGAAUGCCUCGUUGCAGUUUACGCUGCGGUAGAGAAGAUCUUGGUGAAAGUGGAGAUGAGACGCAGAUCUCUGAAACCAGGCAGAUGGAAGCGCUAGGGUUAGGGUCAUUGGUGUGUUGAUACGCUCUGAUGGAUGUGAUGGUACCUGGUAUUGUUUUCAACAUUCAGGAAUGUGAGUAAGACCUCUUUUAAAGGAUUCUGCAAUUUCUACUCC